UCCCGGCCGGUGUUUCGGGCCCUUUAAGAGGCGACGCCGGAGCCGGAGCCAUUUUCCCCCCUUCGGCCGCGGCGAGGAGGAGCCGGAGCGGGAGUGACACCGGCGAGACCCAGCGCGACCUGAGGCGGCUCUAGGUGACUCGGGCCAGUGCAGAGGGCCCCAGGCCGCAGGCAGGAGCAGCUGGGCCAAUUCCCUGGCCGGGGAACGGAAGGGGAUGGCGUCGGGCCUGGGCUCCCCGUCCCCCUGCUCAGCGGGCAGUGAGGAGGAGGAUAUGGACGCACUUCUGAACAACAGCCUGCCCCCACCCCAUCCAGAAAAUGAGGAAGACCCAGACGAGGAUCUAUCCGAAGCAGAGACUCCAAAGCUCAAGAAGAAGAAAAAGCCUAAGAAACCUCGAGACCCUAAAAUCCCUAAGAGCAAGCGCCAAAAAAAGGAGCUGGGGGACAGCUCUGGGGAGGGGCCAGAGUUUGUUGAGGAGGAGGAAGAGGUGGCUCUGCGCUCAGACAGUGAGGGCAGCGACUAUACUCCUGGCAAGAAGAAGAAAAAGAAGCUCGGACCUAAGAAGGAGAAGAAGAGCAAAUCCAAGCGGAAGGAGGAGGAGGAAGAGGAGGACGAGGAUGAUGACUCGAAGGAACCUAAAUCAUCAGCCCAGCUUUUAGAAGACUGGGGUAUGGAAGACAUCGACCAUGUGUUCUCAGAGGAGGAUUACCGGACCCUCACCAACUACAAGGCCUUCAGCCAGUUUGUCAGACCGCUGAUUGCUGCUAAAAACCCCAAGAUUGCUGUCUCCAAGAUGAUGAUGGUCUUGGGUGCAAAGUGGAGGGAAUUCAGUACCAACAACCCCUUCAAGGGCAGCUCGGGAGCAUCAGUGGCAGCUGCAGCGGCAGCGGCUGUGGCUGUGGUGGAGAGCAUGGUGACAGCUACUGAAGUCGCCCCUCCCCCUCCUCCUGUGGAGGUGCCGAUCCGCAAGGCCAAGACCAAGGAGGGCAAAGGUCCCAAUGCUCGGAGGAAGCCGAAAGGCAGCCCGCGAGUGCCUGACGCCAAGAAGCCCAAACCCAAGAAAGUAGCUCCUCUGAAGAUCAAGCUGGGAGGGUUCGGCUCCAAGCGGAAGAGAUCCUCGAGUGAGGAUGACGAUUUAGAUGUAGAGUCUGACUUCGACGAUGCCAGUAUCAACAGCUACUCUGUUUCGGACGGUUCCACCAGCCGCAGCAGUCGGAGCCGCAAGAAGCUCCGGACCGCUAAAAAGAAAAAGAAAGGCGAGGAGGAGGUGACUGCUGUGGAUGGUUAUGAGACAGACCACCAGGACUAUUGCGAGGUGUGCCAGCAAGGCGGCGAGAUCAUCCUGUGUGACACCUGUCCCCGAGCCUACCAUAUGGUGUGCCUGGACCCAGACAUGGAGAAGGCCCCCGAGGGCAAGUGGAGCUGCCCGCACUGUGAGAAGGAGGGAAUCCAGUGGGAAGCUAAGGAGGACAAUUCUGAGGGUGAGGAGAUUCUGGAAGAAGUCGGGGGGGACCCAGAAGAGGAGGAUGACCAUCAUAUGGAAUUCUGUCGCGUCUGCAAGGACGGCGGGGAGCUCCUGUGCUGUGACACCUGCCCUUCUUCCUACCACAUCCACUGCCUGAACCCCCCGCUUCCAGAGAUCCCAAAUGGCGAAUGGCUCUGUCCCCGCUGUACUAAAGAAGCAUCGGUGAAAUUCCAUGUCCUGCUGACGUCCUAUGAGUUGAUCACCAUUGAUAUGGCCAUCUUGGGUUCUAUUGACUGGGCCUGCCUCAUUGUGGAUGAAGCCCAUCGGCUGAAGAACAACCAGUCUAAGUUCUUCCGAGUUUUGAAUGGUUACUCGCUGCAGCACAAGCUGUUGCUAACUGGAACUCCGCUACAGAACAAUCUAGAGGAACUGUUUCACCUGCUCAACUUCCUCACCCCUGAGAGGUUCCACAACUUAGAAGGCUUCUUGGAGGAGUUUGCAGACAUUGCCAAAGAGGACCAGAUUAAAAAACUCCACGACAUGCUGGGGCCUCAUAUGUUGCGGCGGCUCAAAGCUGACGUCUUCAAGAAUAUGCCAUCCAAGACAGAGCUGAUUGUGCGCGUGGAGUUGAGCCCUAUGCAGAAGAAGUACUACAAGUAUAUUCUCACGCGGAAUUUCGAAGCACUGAAUGCUCGAGGUGGUGGCAACCAGGUCUCUCUGCUGAAUGUGGUGAUGGAUCUUAAGAAGUGCUGCAACCAUCCUUACCUCUUCCCUGUGGCAGCAAUGGAAGCUCCUAAGAUGCCUAAUGGUAUGUAUGACGGCAGUGCCCUAAUCAGAGCAUCUGGGAAGUUGUUGCUGCUGCAGAAGAUGCUUAAGAACCUGAAAGAGGGAGGGCAUCGUGUGCUCAUCUUCUCCCAGAUGACCAAGAUGUUGGACUUGCUAGAGGAUUUUUUAGAACAUGAAGGUUAUAAAUAUGAACGUAUNGAUGGUGGAAUCACUGGGAACAUGCGUCAGGAGGCCAUUGAUCGCUUCAAUGCACCGGGUGCUCAACAGUUCUGCUUCUUGCUUUCCACUCGAGCUGGGGGCCUUGGGAUCAAUCUGGCCACUGCUGACACAGUUAUUAUAUAUGACUCUGACUGGAACCCCCAUAAUGACAUCCAGGCCUUUAGCAGAGCCCACCGUAUUGGNCAAAAUAAGAAGGUGAUGAUCUACCGGUUUGUGACCCGAGCAUCAGUGGAGGAGCGCAUCACNCAGGUGGCAAAGAAGAAGAUGAUGUUGACACAUUUAGUGGUACGGCCUGGUCUGGGCUCCAAAACAGGCUCAAUGUCCAAACAGGAGCUUGAUGAUAUCCUCAAAUUUGGCACUGAGGAGCUAUUCAAGGAUGAAGCCACGGAUGGAGGAGGAGACAACAAGGAGGGAGAAGACAGCAGUGUUAUCCAUUAUGACGAUAAGGCCAUUGAGCGACUGCUGGAUCGAAACCAGGACGAGACUGAAGACACAGAAUUGCAGGGCAUGAAUGAAUAUUUGAGCUCAUUUAAAGUGGCUCAGUAUGUGGUACGGGAAGAAGAGAUGGGGGAGGAAGAGGAGGUAGAACGGGAAAUCAUAAAACAGGAAGAAAGUGUGGAUCCUGACUACUGGGAGAAAUUGCUGCGGCACCAUUAUGAGCAGCAGCAAGAAGAUCUAGCCCGAAAUCUGGGCAAAGGAAAAAGAAUCCGUAAACAGGUCAACUACAAUGAUGGCUCACAGGAGGACCGAGAUUGGCAGGACGACCAGUCCGACAACCAGUCCGAUUACUCAGUGGCCUCAGAGGAAGGUGAUGAAGACUUUGACGAACGGUCAGAAGCUCCCCGCAGGCCCAGUCGCAAGGGCCUGCGGAAUGAUAAAGAUAAGCCAUUACCUCCUCUGUUGGCCCGUGUUGGUGGGAAUAUUGAAGUACUUGGUUUUAAUGCUCGUCAGCGGAAAGCAUUUCUUAAUGCAAUUAUGCGAUAUGGCAUGCCACCUCAGGAUGCUUUUACCACUCAGUGGCUUGUGAGAGAUCUUCGAGGCAAGUCAGAGAAAGAAUUUAAGGCUUAUGUGUCACUCUUCAUGCGACAUUUGUGUGAGCCUGGGGCAGAUGGGGCUGAGACCUUUGCUGAUGGUGUCCCACGAGAAGGCCUGUCUCGUCAACAUGUUCUCACUAGGAUCGGUGUCAUGUCUCUGAUUCGAAAGAAGGUUCAGGAGUUUGAACAUGUCAAUGGACGCUGGAGCAUGCCCGAACUGGCUGAAGUAGAGGAAAACAAAAAAAUGUCUCAGCCAGGUUCACCCUCUCCAAAGACUCCUACACCUUCCACACCAGGGGACACACAACCCAAUACUCCUGCGCCUGUGCCACCUGCUGAGGAUGGGAUAAAAAUAGAGGAAAAUAGCCUUAAAGAAGAAGAGAGCACAGAAGGAGAGAAGGAAGUUAAAUCUACAGCCCCUGAGGCGACUGUGGAGUGUGCACAGCCCCCUGCCCCUGCCCCUGCCCCUGCCACUGCCCCCGAGGAUGACAAGGCUCCUGCCGAGCCUCCUGAGGGGGAGGAAAAAGUGGAAAAGGCAGAGGUGAAGGAGAGAACAGAGGAGCCUAUGGAGACAGAGCCCAAAGGUACUACUGAGGUGGAGAAAGUGGAGGAGAAGUCUGCGGUAGACCUGACCCCGAUCGUGGUGGAAGACAAAGAAGAGAAGAAGGAGGAGGAAGAGAAAAAGGAGGUGAUGCUUCAGAAUGGGGAAACGCCCAAGGAUCUUAGUGAUGAGAAGCAGAAGAAAAACAUCAAACAGCGUUUCAUGUUCAACAUUGCAGAUGGUGGUUUUACUGAGUUGCACUCGCUGUGGCAGAAUGAAGAGCGGGCAGCCACGGUCACCAAGAAGACUUANGAGAUCUGGCACCGUCGCCAUGAUUACUGGCUGCUGGCUGGCAUUAUAAACCACGGCUAUGCCCGGUGGCAGGACAUCCAGAAUGACCCACGGUAUGCCAUCCUCAAUGAGCCUUUCAAGGGUGAAAUGAAUCGUGGCAAUUUUCUAGAGAUCAAGAAUAAAUUUUUAGCUCGAAGAUUCAAGCUCUUAGAACAAGCCCUGGUGAUCGAGGAGCAGCUUCGCAGGGCAGCUUACCUGAACAUGUCCGAGGACCCCUCUCACCCGUCUAUGGCCCUUAACACCCGCUUUGCUGAGGUGGAGUGUUUGGCAGAAAGUCACCAGCACCUGUCCAAGGAGUCGAUGGCAGGGAAUAAGCCGGCCAAUGCAGUCCUACACAAAGUCCUGAAACAGCUGGAAGAACUGUUGAGUGACAUGAAAGCUGAUGUGACGCGGCUCCCAGCCACCAUUGCCCGCAUCCCCCCAGUCGCUGUGAGGUUACAGAUGUCAGAGCGGAACAUUCUCAGCCGCCUGGCAAACAGGGCGCCAGAACCUCCCCCACAGCAGGUAGCCCAGCAGCAGUGAAGACCCAGAGUGACGNCCACCUCCACCACUCAGCAGUGACCUUCCUCACUUUCUCUUGUCCCGGCUGCCCCUGGGGGCCAGAGAGACCCUUGCCUUCCUUCUGCCCACCUUCUGAGUUGUAAAGGAACAGCCCCGCGCACUGGGGCAGGGAGGGAGGGAGAAGCAAUGGUGCCCUUCCUGCUGGAGAGACAAGCAGCAGUAGCGCAGCGUGCGCCCGCCCGCCCGCCAUGUGCAGGAGCUGGCGGGCUGGCUGCCUUCUGGACCCUGGCUUCUCCCCACCGUGCGCCUGUUACAAACUGUUGUGGGUUCUGCCAGGCUCGAAGAAAAUGAUCUGAAUUUCUUCCUCUUUUUGGUUUUAUUUUGUUGGUUUACUUUGUGUUUUCUCCUUUUUGGGGGGUAUUCAGAGUGGGCCGGGCCCCUGGGCGAGACACAGCUACCUCUGUUGGCAUCUUUUUAAUACCAGGAACCCAGCGGCUCCAGCCACUGAGCAGCUAAAUAAAGUUGGAAAAAAAAAAAAAA